CACACACAGACACACGCAUCAGCAGCCUUAUUGCCGAAACUUGGUGUAUGGAGAAAUCUGCAGCGACGCCGUAGCGACGCAGGCCGACAUGGAAGAGUAUUUGCGGAGGGUCCAGAGCAGACUCGGGGCGGGUGCAGCAGAGGAUCACGUCCAUGCUGUUUUAGGCGGACCGGAGCCAGAUGUUGACACUGUGGCUGCAACACUGUGCAUAGCACUGCACCUCAGCCAGAAGGAAACGUCAGGUGGUGUGUGUGUGCCGGUGCUCUGUCGCCGACGAAGUGACGAUGUGUUGCCCGGGGAGACUGUGAGGUAUCUGCGGAGGGUGAACAUACGUGAGAGCUUGCUGCUGUGGAAGGAGGAUGUAGACCUUGUGAAGCUUCAUCAGACCGGAAAACUCUCACUUACACUUCUGAGAGAUGGACUGUUGGAUAGCUCUGAGUACCACACCUUGGAGUCCAGCAUCCUGCGAGUGGUCCAUCACGACGGGCAGCAGGACGCAGGGGAUGAUGGGGCACCGUCCGCGGUGACGACAGUCGCCGGGGAGAUUCUUCAAGAGGCAGCAGAGCACAUCGGAGCAGCGCUGGGGGAGACUCUCGGAGGUGAGGGAGGCGCAGGCGCCCCCCAGGGGGAGUAA